AACCGACGGGAUCGAUUCAAUCUGACUUAUGAAGGAAUCUCUCCCUUUAUAAACUUUUUUCACAUUAUUCUCUUUAUUAUCAGAAUUUUAUACGAAGACACCAUUCUUGGAGGUCCGAGCUCGCAUACCCAGCCCACACGGGGCAAAAGGAACCAAAAUUCCGCCCUCUGUGUUCAUUACAAGAGGUUUUAAUUAGGGUUUUUCCCACUCAUCCACUUGGGUUUCAAUUUCAAAGAAUUGGCCACUCGGAACACUGCUACUGCUCUGCACAUCAAUCUUAUUGCUCAGCUCUUCGAGAAAUUAAAGAAGGAAUGGGUGCUCAGAGAAAGGGAGCGUCGCGGGUUUCCGAGGACCCCGAGGAGCUGGCAAGAGUUUCCCUGCAGGCUGUUCUUCUUGCCGAUAGCUUUACCACUAAGUUUCGCCCCAUAACUCUCGAACGCCCCAAGGUAUUAUUGCCGCUGGUAAACGUCCCGAUGAUUAAUUAUACUUUAUCUUGGCUCGAAUCGGCUGGUGUUGAAGAGGUGUUUGUAUUUUGCUGUGCUCAUUCGAAGCAAGUUAUCGAUUAUUUGGAGAAUUCUGAGUGGGUAUCCCUACCAGACUUUGCAGUCACAACUAUAGAGUCGCACAACUCCGUUAGUGCUGGAGAUGCCCUGCGUUUGAUCUAUGAAAGAAAUGUGAUACAUGGUGAUUUUGUACUUAUCACUGGAGACACCAUAAGCAACAUGUCACUUACUCGAGCUCUUCAACAACACAAAGAGAGAAAGAAGAAAGAUAGUAAUGCUGUUAUGACUAUGGUUGUCAAACGGUCAAAGCCUUCUCCAAUCACACACCAAUCUCGGCUUGGCACUGAUGAGCUAUUUAUGGCAAUUGAUCAUAAUACCAAGCAACUCUUGUAUUAUGAGGAUAAGGCCGACCAUUCAAAAGGAGUUAUACAUCUUGACAAGUCAUUGCUAAUGGAUAAUUCUUCCAUAUCACUUCAUAAUGACAUGCAGGAUUGUUACAUAGACAUAUGUUCCCCAGAAGUACUCAGCCUAUUUACUGACAAUUUUGACUACCAACAUCUACGUCGUCACUUUGUCAAGGGUUUGCUCUUAGAUGAUAUCAUGGGCUACAAGAUUUACACACACGAAAUUUGCUCAAGCUAUGCAGCUAGAAUUGAUAAUUAUCGAAGCUAUGACACAGUAAGCAAGGACAUAAUACAGAGGUGGACAUAUCCACUGGUACCAGAUGUUAAAUUCUUUGGGAAUUUUGCUUAUAAACUUGAAAGACAGGGCAUGUAUAGAGCAUCAGAAAUACUGCAGGCACGUUCUGCACAGGUUGGUCCUUUUACUGUUAUUGGAGAUAACAGCAAAAUUGGUGACAACACCAAAAUUACAAAUUCAAUUAUUGGGCAAGGAUGUAGUAUUGGAUCAAAUGUUACCAUAGAAGGCUCUUACAUAUGGGACAAUGUCACCAUUGAAGAUGGCUGUAAACUUAGUCAUGCUAUUGUUUGUGAUGGAGUUAUUAUAAAAUCAGGAGCAGAACUGCAACCUGGCGUAGUUUUGUCUUUCAAGGUUGUUAUUGGGGAUCAGUUUGUUGUUCCAUCAUAUUCAAAGGUAUCUUUGUUUCAGCAACCAACCAAUCAAGAUAGUGAUGAGGAGCUGGAAUACGCAGAUAAUAGCAGUGGCAUUGUAGAAUUUACAGGUACAACGGACAAGUCAAAUAGUGAACUGAUGUCCAAAUCUUUGGAAAUGCAAGGCUGGCCUACAUCCGAGCUAGGUAAUGGAGGUAUGGGAUAUGUUUGGUCAAUUUGUGAAGGAAGUGUUGAAGAAGAAUGGAGGCAUUCAGUUGCACCCAUUCCUGCCGAUAAACUUGAGAAGGCUAUGCAAGCCACAGAUGAUGAGCUGGAGUUAACUCAAGAUGCUAAUGUUCUACCACCUUCAGGGGAGUUGAAGUCCGACUCAUAUGUUUCAGAUGGGGAUGAUAACGAAGACUCUAGAGAUGACUCCAUCCACUUUGAGAAAGAGGUUGAAGCAACGUUUCUGAGGGCUGUGCAUGAAAAUAUUAAAGUAGACAAUGUGAUUUUGGAAGUAAAUUCAUUGCGGUUGUCAUACAAUAAGGUUGCUGCAGAUUGUGCAGGAGCUAUAUUUUAUUCUCUGAUGAAAUUUGCAUUGGAUUCUCCUCAUAGUUCAUCUAGUGAAUUACUGCAAAAUAGUACAAAUGUAAUUACAAAAUGGAAAAAACUUCUGAAGUACUACCUAUCUGACAUGGAUGAAGAGAUUGAAGUGAUAUUAAAAUUUGAAGAGAUAUGCCUGGAAUCUGCCAAGGAAUUCACUCCACAUUUUACCAAGAUUUUGUGUCAUUUGUAUGACCAAGAAAUCGUUCAAGAAGAUGCCAUUCUGAGGUGGGAUGACGAGAAAAAGGAAGCAGAUGAUUCGGAUAAAUUUUUCGUUAAGCAGGCCGAGAAAUUCAUUGAAUGGUUAAGAGUAGCAUCCGAAGAGGAAGAUGAAGAGGAAGAAUAGGACUAGUUGAAUAAUACUUGUAGAAUAGCAAAGAGCAAACGGAGCAGGCUGGAGAAGUCAUUUUUUUGCUGAAUGUUUAAUUUUUUAAACAUCAAAUCUUUGUGGCUACGGUGGUUUCCCAUUUUUCCUUUUUUAACUUCUAUGAUUGUCUAUUGUCCUAGCAUAGAAAGAUAAAUUUUGAGGAAAAGAUGUUUACAUGUUAUUUUGUUCGUGAAUUUUUCACCA